AAAAAAAACAAACACAAUUUCUCACUUAGAUUUGGAAUCCAUAGCAAGAGCAAGCAGUAAGUAGCAAUGGCAAAGUUAGGAGUAUUUGCAGCAAUGUUGGUGGCCCUGUUGGCCUUUGCUCAGGCCAACAGGUUCACCAUAACCACCACGGUCGACGAGGAAGAUCUGAACCAAGGCGGGCAGAUGCCAAUGCAGAUGUGCCGACAGCAGAUCCAGCAGCAGAUGCAGCAGAUCCGCCACUGCCAGCGCUACCUGUCCUCCGGCAUGAUGAUGCUGGAAGAGGUGGUCGGACAAAGCGGCCAGCAGAUGCAGCAGCCUCACCUCCGGCAGUGCUGCAUGACCCUCCAGAACUUCAACGAGCAGUGCCGAUGCGAGGCCGUCAGGGCGGCUUUCGGGAUGGCGCGUGAGCAGCAACAAGGAGGCGGAAGCUGGCAGGGGCAGGCCGGCCAACAACAACAGAUGAUGGAGCAGAUGAGGAUGAAAGCUCGCUUCCUUCCCCAGCAGUGCAACAUGGGCCCCAUGAUGUGCCGCAUUUAAAAUUCAUUUAAUUACUUAAUCUAAUUUUCUAUUUUCAGAGGUCAAGAAAUAAAGCUACCCGGUACUAAAUAAAUCAGCUUGUGUAUGUAUCUGUAAUAAAUGUAAGGUUUUUUCUCCUUUGAUUCUCCAGAGAGAAUCUGAUCAAUGGGGGGAAAUCUUGUUUCAAAGAUCGCACAUGAUCGUGUGUGGUUAUUGUCUGUGAUUUGUGUGUGUUGUAUGAGUGAUUUGUGCUAGCUAGCACUUUAAUGAAAUAU